AUGAAGCGAAAGCGCGACUCAGACUCAGAGUCCCUCUACACAGAAGGCGGCGACGAAGAAGAAGUGACGCCCCAGAGGAUCCUCCCUAGCAGACAGUCUGCGCGUUCCCUUGCAACGCAAACCUCCAACCAAGCAUCACAAGGCGACCCCAUGGACUCGGCCGAAAAGCGAACGCGUCCAAAGCGCGUCACCAGCAGCGCGACCAUCCUCUCCAGGACGCAGGACUCUCUUGUACUGCGGCUCAAACUACCGCGCGUCAGGCUACGGGCAUUGUUCCUGAAAGCCGCCUCACAGCAACUGCAUCGACACACACCGAUAAUGCACCAACAACAACAACAGCACCAACUAGGCAGCAGUCCAGCCUCGAGCAGCAGACCAUCCCCGAAACCGUCACAGCAGCCUGUUCAAAGAACGAGUGCCUUCAAGUUUCGCGUCAAGCAGCCGCAGCCAGUCCCCAUCUCACCUCGCCAGCAACGGCAAGAAGCCUUCCCAAAACAAGAUCAGCGCGGCAUGCUCAGGCAGUUUGGCAAUAUCCUGACACCUGACCAAGCAGACACAACACGAACGCUGCCUGAUGAAAGCGACAUUGUCCAUUUCGACGCGGCAAAGCAAAAAGCAGAAGAGCUUCAUCCAACACCCACCGUCUUGCCCAAUCCAGAUGAACCAGCAUCCAAGGUACGCAGUAUUUGGUUUGGCGUGUAUGAGAUUGACACCUGGUACAGCGCACCCUACCCGGAAGAGUAUGCGCGCGAAAAAGUGCUGCACAUUUGCGAGUAUUGCCUCAAAUACAUGAACUCCUCCUUUGUCGCUCAACGACAUGCACUCAAGUGUCCACAUCGCCAUCCACCUGGCAAUGAAAUCUACAGAGACGAUCAGCUCAGCUUAUGGGAGGUGGACGGUCGCAAGAAUCCAGUCUACUGCCAAAACCUCUGUCUGCUCGCCAAAAUGUUUCUACAAAGCAAAACACUAUACUACGACGUCGAGCCAUUCAUUUUUUAUGUCAUGACAGAGUUUGACGAGAAUGGUUGUCACUUGGUAGGCUACUUUUCAAAGGAAAAGCGCAGCGCCACCAACAACCUCUCCUGCAUCCUCACACUCCCCAUUCAUCAACGCAAGGGAUACGGCAACUUUCUCAUUGACUUCAGCUAUCUCUUAUCGUCCGUCGAGGGUCGUAUUGGCACACCAGAAAAACCACUGUCUGAUCUUGGACUCGUCAGCUAUCGCAAUUACUGGAAACUGCGCAUGAGUUAUGUCCUGCGCGACCUGGAAAGGCCAAUGAGUAUUGAGCAACUCAGCAGACGCGCCACUAUGACCAUUGAAGAUACGAUCUGCGCCCUCGAGAAUCUGCAAGCACUGCUACAUGAACCCUCGCUCGAUCUGUACGCCAUUCGCAUUGAUAUUGAAAAACUCAAUGGCUUGAUUGAUGCAUGGGAGGGCAAAGCGUAUAAGCGUGUCGACAAGACAAAGCUCAGAUGGUCGCCCUUCCUGGUAGGUCACAGUCUUGCUGAGAUCCUUGCAGACCAAAAUGAAUUGCAAGCGCAAGAACGCGAACUGCAAGAAAGGGAUGCAGACGAGGCGGCGAGGUUUGCUGCAGUGGGUUCAGAAGGGAUCGCAGGAUCAAGUGUGCCGGCGGAUAAGUGGCAGACGGCCUUCCCCUUGGCUGUGAAGCGGAAGCGGCUCUCCUAUCACUGA